AUGAACAAUGCCGAAGCUGGCGAGUUCCUGUACGGCCUUGAAGGCACGGACGUCACUCUGAAGCCACCAUCCGAGCCACUUUUCCACCUGUCCCGCCAAACCUGGGUGAUCGACAAGAAGCUCUCUGAACGGUCUCACUGGAUGACGCAGCAGGAUGAGGGAAAGCAAGACGAAGAUAGUAUUGUUCCGGGAGGUUAUAUCACUUAUGUGGUCUGGGAUAAAGUCCCUGGGGAGCCUCUGAGUGAAGAAGAAUUCUGGGAGCUAGAUCUUGAGUCACGCCAGGCGAUCCGCGAUCAAUUCCGUGAAGCCUAUCCACAGCUGAGGAAGUGCGGUUACCUGCCCCGUAUGCCCACCAUGUCGAAGAUCAUCUGUGACAAGGCCACCGGGAAUAUGCAUUUCUCAGGUUUUCCACGCGCAGGCCGUACUGACACAAAGGAAGAGUGGCAUGACAAGUACUACGUUCUGUUUGGGUUGGCCGAGCCAUCUCCGAAGACAGACUGGGUCAAGGAUACCAGAGGGUGGACUUGGUGA